UCUCUCCCAGCGUACUUAGCACCUCUAUCAUGGCGGCCUCCAGAGGCCGGUGGCUGCACGUGGAUUAGGCUUGGUGGAGGAAGGAGGGUCUUGUCAUACACUGGAGAAAGUGGCCGCAGAGCCAACAGCCGCUUCGUCGUUUGUGCCGCGCAUCUGGGGAUACCGGGGGGGAGGGGGGAGCGCAGCAAAAUGCGAGCGCUUGAGCGGGUGUUGUUGAGGGGCUUUCCCAGCGCUGCGGAAUCACCGCGGUGGAAACAGAAUGAGGCAGCUUCGGCGACAGAAAGUGGGUCCUUGUUGCAGUUGCUGUUGGAAGGGAAUUAUGAAAACAUCUUACUAAGUGAAGCAGUUCAGAAUAUUUUCACAGCACCUGCAACAGUCAAAGAAGAGAAGUUUGACAGCUAUUUAGAAAAGCAGAUUCAAGUUUAUCUGGACUGUUCUUCUGCAAAUACUGAUAAUGUGGAAAGGCAAAGUGUGGUGUUUCUGGUUGGUGUGGGGAGUUUGCAGUUGUUUGUUCAGAGCAACUGGACUGGCCCUCCUGUUGAACUGCAGCCUCAGGACUUCCUGCCAGCUGAAUUACUACAACAAUAUGCUGAGCCCAGGGCACUGUCUGCAGCUAUUCUGAGCAUGCUGGUUCUAGAUGGUGAAUCAAUAUAUGGUCUAACCUCCCAAGCUGUGCUGCUGAUGCUAGCUAAAACAGUGCUUAUCAAUUCAAGACAUAAACUUGAAGCUAUUCAGACACUUCCUUGGUGGACGUUACGAUGUGUGAACAUCCAUCAGCAGUUGUUAGAAGAAAGAUCACCUGAUCUUUUUGCUAUUGCCCAGACCUGCAUACUUCAAGUACUGGAGAUGGAGACUUUGUUCACUGAUGAUGAAUGUUGGCAUCUGGCUGUUCAGUUCCAUCUGGAGUGUGCUUACACAUUUUUGAAAUUUUAUGAGUACAAAAAAGCCAAACAACACUUCCUUGCAGCUAAAGACAUGACCAAGUUACAAAUUGAAUUGACAGGUGCUCUGGGGAAAAGGACGCGAUUUCAAGAAAAAUAUGUAGCACAGCUUAUAUUAGAUGUUCAAAGGAAAGAUGGUGUCCUUCCUCCUCACCAGGAGCUUAGUCCAACACCUACACCAAUAGAAAAUUUGACACAGAAUUAUGCUCUAAAUGAUGACACAGUACUAAAUGAAAUAAAGUUUGCAGAAUCUCAUCCGAACCAGAUGCCAGACUUAUGUGCAGAAGAACUCGCUGUUAUUCUUGGAAUUUGCAUAGACUUUCAGAAGAACAACCCAGUCCACAAGCUCACUGAAGAGGAGCUGCUUGCUUUUAUAUCGUGUCUUCUUUCACAACCAAAGUUCUGGGCAAUUCAAACUUCUGCUCUGUUUCUCCGAACAAAACUUGAGAGAGGAAGUAUUCGCCGAGUUGAACGGGCAGUGAAGCAAACACAGGCUCUCGCAGAUCAAUUUGAAGACAAGAAAACAUCAGUUUGUGAACGUAUGAAACUUCUUUAUAGUUGUCAAGUUCCUCCACGCUGGGCUAUACAGCGUCAGCUUGCAAGCCUCCUGUUUCACCUUGGAUGUACCAGUUCAGCUCUUCAGCUCUUUGAGAAGCUUGAAAUGUGGGAGGAUGUAGUUAUCUGUUAUGAAAGAGCAGGACAGCAUGGAAAGGCAGAAGAAAUAUUGAGGCAAGAAAUAGAGAAAAAAGAAACACCUGGAUUAUAUUGCCUGCUUGGAGAUGUUCUUAAAGAUCAUUUUUAUUAUGACAAGGCUUGGGAAUUGUCCAAGCAUCGUAGUGCAAGGGCUCAGCGUUCCAAGGGUCUUCUCUACCUUCGUAACAACAAUUUCAAGGAGUGUAUAGAAUCUUUUGAGCGCUCCGUACAGAUUAACUCUAUGCAGUUGGGAGUGUGGUUUUCUUUAGGUUGUGCAUACUUGGCUGUGAAAGAUUAUGAAGGUGCAGCUAGAGCAUUUCAGCGCUGUGUGAUGUUGGAGCCUGAUAAUGCUGAGGCUUGGAACAAUUUAUCAACUGCAUAUAUCAGAUUAAAGCAGAAGAUCAAAGCAUUCCGGACUCUUCAGGAAGCACUCAGGUGUAAUUAUGAGCACUGGCAGAUAUGGGAAAAUUAUAUUCUUACCAGUACAGACAUUGGAGAGUUUGCAGAAGCUAUUAAAGCUUAUCACAGGCUUAUGGAUUUACAAGAAAAGUACAAAGAUGUCGAGGUGCUUAAGAUACUGGUGAAGGCAGUAAUGGAUGAAGUGGCUGAUCGACACGGAGAGACAGCAGCAGGAUUAAAGGCAAAACUGCAAGCGCUCUUUGGCAGAGUGACUUCUAGAGUGACAAAUGAUGGAGAAAUUUGGAAAUUAUAUGCAAGACUUUAUGGCAAUGGGCAGAGUGAUAACUAUGAAGAUGUUGAAAAGGCUCUGCAAUAUCUCACCAGAGCACACAAAUGUGACAUCCAAUCAAGGGACUGGGACAAAAAUAUCUUGUCUUUUAAGGAAGUAGCAAAAGGUGCUGUAGACCUUGCACAUGUGGCAAUAAGAUGCAGCAAAACUAAAUCUAAUCACCAGGAAGCACUGCAGAUACUCUCUUCAGCUCGACUCAACUUGUGUAGUUUGGCAGCUAAAGCCAAGCAACUUUUUGCAGAUGUGACCAAUGUUGACGUUCCUGGAGAUUUUGCUGAAGAAAUUACAGCAAUGGAGAAUCUGAUAGCUGAAUUGCAAGAACUUAGCAAUCAGCUAAGGAAUCAGUCCUGAAAAGAGAAGAGCCUGUAUGUGCUAAUUAGCUUGCACUUAUAACACAGCCAAACUAUUUUCUAAUAAAUAUUUUGCUAUGUAACAUAGACUUUAAUUGUGGCCAGUAUUGCCAAGAUUGUAUAGUGCUUCUAAGGUUAUGAUUGUUCGCUCUCAAGUUGGGUGUUCAUGUGAUUUUUUUUUUAUGCUGCCCUAGGUUUCAUAAGAACAAAAUGGAUGGAUUUCUAUUUAGAAGGCCUUUAUAUAGGAUUAGUGCUGCUUGAGCGCAGCCCAUAAUUGGCGCCUGUCCAUAGCUGUGCACUUUGCAGACGGGAAAGAUUAACGAGUGCUGGUGAUAUUGGAGACAUGAAGCAAGGGAGAGACUGGAGUUGCUUUUGUUUUAAUUGUGGGUGAGUUAGAAAAUGCAGAAAAUUCCACAACAAUUGUAGUCCUUCCGAAUAGCUGUCUUCUGUAAAGUUUAAAAGAAUUGUAAUGCUGCAGUCUGACCCAGCGGCUAUAUUUCAUUGGAACUUGUGCAUUCACAGAAAAUGAAUAGCACAAUCCUACAGAUGCCAUAGCAUCAUCUUUGUUCCCCAUUCCAUCUCCUUUGCUUUCUGGGAAUAUCCAUGCUGCUCUUCAGCACUGGCACGAUGGACCACGUGUGGCAUGGCAACCUUAAUAGUAUCUACUGCACUGAACUGGAUAUUCUUCUCAGCUUCAUCCUACCAGUUGAAUCCUUAUAGUGGAGUCAGAUUUCAUCCUGAAGGUCCUGUCAGGUUUACACCUCAGCAGGAGUUUGGGGUGAGAAUCUCUACUAAUGAAGCUGUUCUAAUCUACUCUGGUUAAAUUCCACAGUAAUCUGCAAAUGUAUCAGAACAAGAUUCAGCCCUUUCUAGAAAAUUAAAGUCAAGUAUUCUGUCUGUAACAAUGGCCUGUCAGCCACUGCUGGGAAGCACCCUUCUGAAAUGAAUGCACUGUUUUUGCUAAAGGUCAUUGGUGUUUCCUUUAUGACAGCAUUACUUUUAUAUUGAAUUGGCAUUCCUUUCUCCAUGCCAAACUGUCACAUUUGAUUACUUUCAAUUUUGAUCCCAUGAAUAAAAGACUAUGCUGUAUUCUAA